CUAGAACAUGUGCGGCUCUGUAAGGUACUAUGGAUCGAAGCCUUAUCAGGACGUGGUUUCUCUUCCCACGCCAGCCUGUGUCAUUGCCAGGCUAUAGCAUCGCAUUCCAUCACGGUUCACUCGGAAAUUGACGUCUUCCUCAGAGGCUUGUGCCUCAGAAGGCGAAAGCAAGCUGUGGCCAGCAACCUAAUUUCAACCUUGUGUGCGCCUGCAAAGCCACUUUGUUAGAGUCGAGUUCGAAGGCUGGACAAGGCUGGAGGACCCCAGUUCCGUAUCAUAAUGGCAUCAUUUCCCGAGAGCGCUACGGGUAUCCCAUCUCUCACUCUACCAGCCGCUAUUUCCGUUGAGGCUCCGCGGGAUCCUGCACACAUACAGCCAGGGGAGAAGAUUGAGAGGAACAACAACGAACAGGCUAAUGAUCAAACCCAUGAUCACGACACAACUACUCGAGCACGCCCGGACACAGAUACCGCCACUUCUCCCUUAUAUCUCGAGAUUCAAGCAUUGCAAGAGAGGCUUAGUCAAUUGCAUCAGCAAGCAAGACGCGAGCAAAACAUCAACACCCAACACUUCGCUUCGGACGAGGAAUCUCAGGCCCAAAAUGAUUCUGAAGAGAAACGGCUUCGAAAGCAGAUAAGGAGGGCUCGCUCAGCAAAGAAAUGGGUAAAGGACAUGGAAGAAAAAGCUGAAAAAGGCGCAGCUGACCGAACAAACUAUGGCUACGCAGGGUCUUUUAUGACGCACAUUCCAAGCGAGUACGUCGUAGAGCAACACGGCAAACACGAUCCUUUCACAAGGGAUUUUGCGCACUGGGAGGAGUACGCGAACUGGACAGAAAUGACACGAACCGGACCCGAUCCUACCGUGCUGAACCCACCUCGCGCUAUCCGUCCGCCCACCUCGCUUCGACCAAUAUACUCUCGCAAACUCGGGCCUCCUAACCAAUGGGAUACAUCUGACAGCGAAGAAUGGAGUGACGGUUCAACACGCUCGAGGGAUUUUGACUACUUUCGUGCAAGACUACGCGGCGACUUCGAAUGGGAGCUCGACCGGCUUAAUGCCCAGAGAUCGAGGUAUCUGAGACACAAAACGAAAAAAGAGACCCAGCGCAGACAAGGACAGAGAAGAGACAACGCAAAAAGAGCCAGAGAAGCGCUGGGAGAGUCCAUAAAUCCUGGCGGUGAUCGUAUUUUGACAUCGACUACAUCAACCCAGCAAAUGAUGCUGGCGAAGCUGAAUCGAGUUGGGUGGGAAGCAUUCAGAGCCGUUCGCUUCCUUCAAGAACCGCCUUUUGCAAUCGACGUUCUCGUUGAGGAGCCGAGGAUUUCAGCUACGCCGUGGAGAUUUUCCAAGAGUAGCAUCCUUGCCCCUAAAGCCAUGGAUGUUCCUGGGGUCAAGCUCGAAGAGGGCCAAGCACCCCUACCUGAACGAAUCAGGAUCCAUUCAAAGGAGCUCAUCAUGAUUCUUUGCCGUAUUCAUGGAUCCGAACUGAUCACCGACCAAGAGGAGCAAAAUGAGAACACCUCGCUCGUGUUGCUCCGACCAUUCAAGAUGCUGAGAUACUAUGAUAAAGAGAUACGAGAGUGGCAUUCUAAGUUAUUGUGUGAUCAUGAAGCCGCAAAACUCGACAACAAGGCCUUACCUACGGCAACAGAACCUCCCGAUCGUAACGAGCGCGGAAAUGCCGCUGGAGAACAAGACUCGCCAGAUGCACAAUCAAUGGAGAAAGACAAGUCCGGGGUGGAGGAUCCGAACGGCUACAGCACGUCCAGCACAGCUCUAGAGCAUUUACCUUGCCUGCUGGAAUUUAUGGACAAUUACCUCAACUCGAAGCAUGCCUACCUGAACAGUUUGGCAUGUGACAAGAUCUCCUUCUCAGAUAUUUGGUAUUUGUUCAAAUCUGGAGAUGCUGUCGUCUCCAACGAUGGUAGGCAAGCAUACCUCGUCGCCAACGUUGCCACGCCUCCGCACAAGGGUGCUGAUCGUUGGGCUUUCUAUGCCAAAGAAAAGGACAACGAGGAAUCUCGACCCAAAUCGGACAUAUCUGUUUCCUGUAUCUACAUUCACUACGAUGGGAAGCAGCUCGGACCGGUCUUAAAGGAAUUCAAGAUCGAAAGAUUUGAUGGCGAGCGACCUUUGACCAGUCUCGAAAUCCUCCCUCUCCGCCUCUAUGUUGCGAGCAAUGUAAGGAGACUCACUCAGUUGGCCAAGGUUGGAGCGGCUGAGUACGAGAGUCAGGUGGAGGCUGGCGUUGCUCAGUUGCGAGAAAGCCUCAUCGACCGUGGCAAGAAGUUUGUCGAGGUGGCUAGAGUCAAGCACAUGUAUUAUGCAGGCCUGACCGUCGAUACCAGAGAUGAGAUCGAGAGCCAGGUCGUUAUCGAUUUCGAGGAGGCCUUCGCAACCGAGAAAAACAGGGAGAAGUGGUGGCCAGAGAUUACGCCCCUCGUAGGCCUGGCAGCUGACCUCGCAGGAAACGAGAAAUCCGAUGGCUGCACCGCGGAGUGUUGCUGGCAAGAGAACGUCCACGACGAUUCCUAUGUUGAUAACCAUCACUGCAAGAAAUUCAUCAGUGAUAUUAUGGACGAAAUCGAGGACAAUCCACGCAAUUUACCUUCGGUGGCCAUCUAUCCCCGGCUUUUGGAAAGUAUCCAGCCGGACGAAAAUGAUCUAAAGGAUGAAGAGCUACUUAUCAUGUCAUAUCGAGUCUUCGGCUUUGUCUUGAGAGAUCGCACAUGGGCACAGCUCGACCUGUCGUACCUUACCAAUGUAAAUACUUCUGCUGUCAAAGACGAUAUUAAGGAAGAUGAGAACACGGACGAUGACCCGGAUGAUGACGAAGCCGACAAGACUGCCUUUGGACGCCUUGUAUUGCCUCCAGGCCACAAGAAGAUGGUUCUCUCGCUGAUUGCCCAACACUUCCGAAACAAGGAGCUACAGCAGGACAAAGAUGAGCAGGCCGACAUUGUGCGUGGCAAAGGGAAGGGUUUAAUCAUCCUCCUCCAUGGUGCCCCAGGAGUCGGAAAAACAACAACUGCUGAGGGUGUUGCAGAGAGAUUUAAGAAGCCACUUUUCCAAAUCACCUGCGGGGAUCUUGGUUCGGAUGCCAAACAGGUCGAAACUGCAUUGCAAACGAACUUCGCUCUUGCCAACAGAUGGGGCUGUAUCCUUCUUCUCGACGAAGCAGAUGUCUUCCUGGCUGAGAGACGGCACCAGGACUUCACUCGAAAUGGACUUGUUGCUGUGUUCCUCCGAGUGCUGGAAUAUUACGCUGGCAUACUCUUCUUGACAACGAAUCGAAUUGGCGAUUUCGACGAAGCUUUUGCCUCCCGAAUUCACAUGAGCCUCCAUUACCCGCCUCUGAGCCGCGUAUCAACCAACAAGGUGUUCAAAUUGAACUUGGACCUCAUCAAAGAAAGAUACGACGUGAAAGGCAGAAAGAUCAAGAUCGAAGAGUUCGAGAUCCUCCAGAAUGUUGGGGAUUACUUCCUUCAGAACGAAGAUGCUCGAUGGAACGGACGCCAGAUCCGCAAUGCGUGCCAGACGGCACUGGCCCUCGCCGAGUUUGAGGCCCAGCCAUCGAACAAGAAGUAUGACCUGAAGGCGCAAUCCGGUACCAAGGUCGUGCUACGAGCGUCGCACCUGGAAGUCGUGUCCAAAGCAUACCUGGAGUUCAUGCGGUACCUCAAGGAGGUUCAUGGCGCCGAUGCAGAAACCCGUGCUAAGGAGUCGGGACGUCGGGCUCUCGAAUCCGUCAUUGCAGCCAUCAAGAUGGACAGGGACAAGGCCAGGGGAGGCAAGUCUUCGCAAAGAGAUGACGACAACCGCGGCCAUCAUCUCGAGACUUUCCGGCUCCAGGGACGUCCACGAGCCCAGAAUCCGGGGCCCUCGUCCUCACCACCGGACGAGAGUCAUUAGGAUGGCCCGAGGUUUAGAGCUGGAUAGAUGGCGAGCUUCUCUCUAGGUAGUAAUGAAUUCACGAACUUCUAUCGAUGACAAGCAAGGAUAUUGGAGCGCUUGCGUUGACAGGUAGCCUGCAAGGCUGAACCAGG